CAUCGAUUAUUUUUUUUGCUAUUUUACAUUGAUCAUGAUGAGCAGUGCUGCCAAGUGGAAUAUUGCAACAUCCGCACUCUCUUUCUUUAUAGCUUCCUAUGAUAUCUUUGUUUUCAAUUCACUGAAUCUUGUAUUAGACGCUGAGUAUGGAUCGUUGUAUACUUCUGGACUUCGUACUCGUGUGACCAAUACUAUCUUAGUUGGAGCUAUUUUGGGUCAAGCUUUCUUCGGGAUUUGUAGUGACUUUAUUGGUCGAAAAAGAUGUCUCCUUGUAACUGCCUCCAUCCUUCUCUUGGGAUGUAUUUUAUGUUCCUGUGCCACUUUUGGAUUGAACGGAUCUGCUUAUGGUACUCUUUGGUCUUUAGUGAUUUGUCGAGGUUUUCUAGGCUUUGGCGUUGGAGGAGAGUGGCCUUGUACUGCUGCUACUUCUUCAGAAACGAGUGAAGAAGUAUCUCCAAAGAAAAGAGGAAGGAUAGUGCUUUUUGUGUUGUCUAUGCAAGGAAUCGGCAAUUUAGUUGCUACAAGUAUUGUUGUGGCUCUAAUGGGCAUAACGCUUAGAGCAGAUGGUGGAACUCAUUGGACUAAAUCUUCUCUGGAGGUGAUUUGGAGAGUGACUCUGGCACUUCCUGUUUUACCUUCCCUCAUCAUCUUAAUAUAUCGAUGGAAGAUGUUGGAUCCCAAUCAAUUUACAAAGAACAACUAUAGAACUUUUGAAAAGCAUCCUUAUCGAGUUGUUUUCAAACGUUUUGGAUGGAGAUUGGUUGCAACUUGUUCCGUAUGGUUCCUAUUUGAUGUUGUAUUCUAUACCAAUAGUCUCUUUUCUUCACUCAUUAUUGGAAACGUAGUGCCCAAUGCAACUAUCUUAAAAAAGGCAGAAUUGUUAUUAGCAUUGGUUGCGAUAGGAUUGCCAGGGUAUUAUGUCUCUCUAUUUGCUGUGGAUAAGUUUGGUAGAAAAACUUGGCAAAUCUUUGGAUUGUUUAUGAUGGGUUGUAUAAGUAUCGUUAUUGGGGGUGUUUUGCCUUAUUUGAAAUCAGUGCCUGCCGCAUUCAUCAUUACUUAUGGAAUUUAUUUCUUCUUUAGUAUAUUUGGAGAGUGCACAACUUAUAUGAUUCCAUCUGAAGUAUUUCCUACCGUCCUUCGUGGUACUUGUCAUGGUAUAUCUGCUGCUUUUGGAAGAACAGGUGCUGUAGUUGGAACUCAAAUAUUUGAACCUAUUCAGAGAGCAGUCAAUCAUGGCAGUCAUAGUGACAUUUUAGGUGCUCGAGUUGUAUUUUUCAUUAAUGGAGGUAUUGCAUUUAUUGCUUUAGUGGUUUCUAUAUUGGGUAUUCCUGAAUACAAAGGCAAGCUUUUGGAGCAGGAUGAUAUGGAUAUUAGGUCAUUGAUGAAUGAAGAGAAGGAUAAUUCAAGUGACCAGAUAGUUCAGCAUUUUGAAGAAGUUAAUGUUGAGAACAAAGAGUGAGAGAUAUAAAAGCAGUCUGUUUGUUGAAAAAACUUUCAUGUUUUUUAGCUGAAAGAUUCCUGAGCUAUGAAGGAAUCAAUUCAAAUUUCAAACAAUGGGUUUAUGGUUUGAGCCUAAUGAAGGAAUGCUUUUUCCAAUAGAAAGAAUAUUUUCUCUCUUACGCUUGUAUUCAUAACUCUGGUUGAAAAUAACUCUUGCCGAGUUGUUUCAAUUGUACGCCGCAGAACAAGUUGGCUGUAUGAUGCUACCUUUCAAACAUCAAGCAAUGGACCCUUUUCGACGCAGAAUCGGCGAUAGAAUUGAGAAUUUUUGGAAAACUCGAGUGCUAUCUGUUUACCUUUUCUUUAGAGAAGAUGUUCAUUUCCAAGUCUUGAGAUGAGACGCUCAUUCUAGCAAAGGAAAAAAGCCUUGUGCGAAGAUUCAACUAAUGCCUUCUUUUCUCUUUAUGAGUAGGAGCGUAUUAAAGGAUAUUUAAAAUACAAUAUUGUUGUAUAUAACAUUUGAAUAUAGAGAGUAGGCUAUAGAUAUGCAUUGCUUUCUAGAAAAAUGAGUCGUACAUGUGGACAAGGCUUACAAGGCGUCCAGUAGCAAUGAGUUCAAUUUCCAUCAUCCAAUCGAGCUCAAGUGUUCAAGUUUCUAGAAUUGUCAUUUCGUAAGUAAACUUAUAUUGAAUUAA